GAUGUUUUAGAUUCAUGUGUAUUUUUGAGAAUUAUUUCAUAAAAGCAGUAGAACACUUUUUCUGUGUUUACAAAGCCUUAUCUAAACACUCAGGGGGCUGGGAGAAUUCUUGAAAGUUAUGCAAACCCAAGAUGUAGUCUCAGGUUUGCAUAACUGUCUCAAAUUCUCCCAACCCUUCUCAUGUUUAGAUGAGGCUAUGUUAACAUGGAAAAAGACCUCUACUGCUUAAAAGACACUCACCUCGUUCAAUCUCAGGGAGAAGCUGAUACAGAAGUGAACCACUCCGCAAGGAAACCAAGAUUUUUGUUGGUCAUUGAGGAUUAUUGGCAAAUCAUCGUUGAUAUGAAGUAUUCCCGAGAGACCACAAGAUAUAUUUCUGUUGUGCUGAUUGGCUCCGACGUACACUCUAUUGUUACUUACUUACUUUCUGGAAAACUCAGACAAUGGCAAUAGUGACUGCUGUGCAAGCGCAGAAGUCACAAAAAUAUUGGCAUAUCAUAAGUGUUGUAUUACACCCCUACCUCCCCAUAAUGACCCCCUCUCUACAAUGGCCACUUACCACUGUCCUCAGGGUGGUUGUUGUUGUGGAGAGGUUCGAUUGAACUAUCAAAUUGACACAAAGACAGAAGUGUUUUGGUCAGUGCAUCAACAUAGAUGAGUAAACAUAUUGGGAAUCUCUUGCCAGGAUUGAUCAUAAUAAAUGGAAUAAAGCAUUCUCUGGUAAAAGUUAUCUGAAAAAUAAUCUUUCAACAGCCAGUCUACUGUCUUCAAUGGAUAGAAAUUUGUGAUAAAAAGAAACAUUAAAAAUUUGGAUAUAGAAAGUAAUUUGCAGAGAUAAAUAAAUUUAUGCAAAUUUGUAACGUCUCAUUUUAUCACAUUUGUACCCUCACAAACAGUAGACUGACGAUCUUAAGCUAUAUUUUUAAUAAUUUGUACCACAGAAUGCUUUAUUCAAUUUUAACGUAGGUAAUGUUUGUGAUAAAACAUGCUUUUUGGUUGUAGUGUUAAUUCUGCUCUACUCUGUGUUGUUUUCUUUUUCAGUUAGGUAAGAUUGGUGAUUUCUUUACUAAAGUAUUGCUGACUUCAAAACACAGAGGUGCUUUUGAACUAGCAUACACUGGCUUUGCUAAGCUUUCUGCUGUUUUGUGGAGAAGUACAGAUACCGAUCUUUGCCAAUUACCAGAACACUGGUUGUGGACUUUAUUACAGGACCUUGGCAGUGCUUUUCCCUCAGAGACUUUGUGUGGUACAAGAAGGAGUGCUGGUGUUCCAUUUUUUAUUCAGGCUAUUGUGACAACUGAACCAUCAGCAUCUGGAUGGGCAUGCUUCAAACAAGUCAUGAUUGAGCUGUUAAAGAUAGCAUCUAGACCCACCAAGGAUGUCAGUAAUUGUGAUUCUACUCUUCCACAGGUUCAUGCUUGCAACAUCUUGCGUGCCUUAUAUCGUGAAACUAAAGUUGGUGAGAUAGUAUUUCCUUUUGUAUCUGAUGGAGUUGUAGUGGCUAUCAAUGGAUUUCACUCUGACAGCUGGGCAGUGCGCAACUCAUCUAUGUUACUGUUCAGUGCACUAGUGACCAGGAUAUUUGGAGUAAAGCAAGGAAGGGAUGAGCAUUCUAGGAAGAACUGGUGAUAAUUAUUGCUUCUUUUUCUCCUGUAUUGCCUUGGCUUACUUUAAUUUCCUAGCCUAUUAUUUUAAAGCAUGCAAACAGGUAAUCUUUUAAAACUUUUAACUCUAAAGAAUAGUGAUAAAGUAAUCAUUUAUUAGCAACAUUCCAAGAAAAUUAGUAAAAGAAAACCAUUUCGAUAUUAAGCCAGCUAUCCCGAGCUGUGCAAGUACACUCUUUGCUCAUGUAAAGUUCGCCAUAAAAUUCCAUCCUAUGCAAUCUUCCCCUCUCUUACAAAGAUUCUUUGAUUGAUUGUUCUUAGGUCCCCAUAAUUGAAUAAUAAUGAACUCAUGCUGAUAACAAAGAUAAAUCCAUGACA